CGGUUAAUGUGACUUGACUCUUUCACCAACAGGCUUAUCGGUGCUUCGAUGCUCUCAUGAGAGAGACACGCUUCUUUCUUCACUUGUGGCCUCAAAGCUAGAAUAGAUUUGUAGAGUCGGAGAUGGCGCUCGUCCUGCUGCAGGCGCUGGAGCGGACGGAGCUGAACAAACUGCCUAAAGGUGUCCAAAACAAGCUGGAGAAGUUUGUCACGGAUUUGCAGAAUGCUAACGCGGCGCUCAGGACGCAGCAAGAGCGCUUCAAAGCAGACAGUGAGCAGCAGUACUUUGACAUUGAGAAGAAACUCGGGGAGAGUCAGGAACAAAUCAUUUCUGCUACAAGAGACCUGCAGGCGGUCAAGGAGGAAAAUACAAAACUGAGUGAAGAGCUGAGUGCUCUGAAGGGGAUUGAUGGAGACACACCUGAAGAUAAAGCCCUGCCGCAGCAGUCCAAAGCCAAGUAUGAGAUCGAGGCAGAGAAAAGAGAGCUGGCCAGGCUGCUGGAGAAGAGAAGUCAGGAGGUGGAGAAUCUCACAAAAGAGGUGCAGCACCUGAAUGAGAAAGUGGUGGAGGUGAACAAGGUGAAGGUGGAGCUGCAGUUGAAAGUGGAUGAGAUGCAGUCCUCUGAGGCCUCUGUGCAGCAGCGGGAGAAGCGUAUGGCGCAGGAAAAGGAGCUGCUGGACAACCAAAUGAAGUGGCUGUCUGCUCAACUGAAGAGCAAAACAGAAGAAGUGCUUACCACCAACAGACAAACGGGCAAAGAGAUGGUGGAUCUGCGUGGGAGUCUGAAGAGCAAGACUGAGCAGUUGACCAGACUGGAAAGUCAGGUCAGUUCUCUGAAGCAGGCCAGCGAAAGCAAGCAAAAAAUAGCAGAAAACCUCAACAACAAACUGAAACAGGCCAAGGAUGAACUGAGUAGCAUGGAGGAGAAAUACCGCAAUGAACUCAACGCUCACAUCAAGUUGUCUUCUCUCUACAAGGGAGUAGCAUCAGAUAUGGAAAAUAAGAAUCAAGAACUGAGCAGAGCCGUGGAAGAGUUCAGCAAAGUGGUUAAAAGCACCACAGAAGCCAGCAAACUUUGGGAAAAGAAGGCGUCUGAUGCAGAGGAAGGAAAGAGCCGGUUGGAGGCAGAGCUUCGGGAAAAGAUCCAGAAAAUGGAGAAAGAGCUGGAAAACUCUUCUAUAAAAGCUUCUGGCAAACUUUGCUGUGUGCCUUCUGUGAGUGAGGAGCAGCUGGAGUCCAUGUGUCCGUCUGCAGCUGCCAUCGCUGCCAUUGUCAAGCCUGGCAUGAAGUUCUUUGACUUGUAUAACGCCUAUUCUGAGUGUCAGACUCAGCUGCAGCUGGAGAAGCAGGAGACCAGGAGGGUGAGCAAAGUGUUGGAUGACAUCGUGCAGGAGGUGGAGUCCAAAGCACCCGUCCUCAGGCGGCAGAGAGAAGAGUAUGAGAGCAUGCAGAGGUCCAUGGCCUCCCUGUGGAACAAACUGGAACAGGCCCGCACGGAGAUCUACAGCUUGCAGAAAGAGAAGGAGGAGGCCAAGCAGCAGUGUGACAACUUGGAGAAGGACAAGCUGAGGGCAGACAGACUCCUGGAUGACACGUCCACACAAGUGUGUGUCCUGCUGGUUCAGUUGGAGGAAGCCAGAGGUAACCGGGUGACCAAAGGCGAUGGCAGCUCUUUUGAUAGUUCCAGCACCUCUCAGGUCCUCAGGCCAGACCAGCUUUCCUUCCGCAGCGUGGAAGAGCUCCAGAGGCAAAACCAGAGUCUGCUGGCAAGGCUGCGCAAGUUGGAGGACGAGAAGAGCCGGCAGCAAACACAUUUGACAUCAGCACGUAUUUCUGAGUUGGAGAGCAGUGUGAGUAAAGUUGAGAAGGAGGUGGAGCAGCUGCGAGAGCAGAAGAACCAGCAGAAACAACUGGCUGACUCCAGUGCAAGGCAGAGAGACAUGUACAAAGCUUUGCUCACGCAGAGCACCGGCUUCAACCUUCCGCCUCAAGGUUCAGAUUCUUCUCCAGCUCCACCUGCCCGCCCAUCAGCCCCAGUGACACGAUCUACCCCUCAAAGAGCUGCUGCUGCCGACUCAGCACAGACUGCUCAGGCUAAAGCUGCUUUAAAACAGCUCAACGACUCCUUCACCUUGUACAAGAAAGAGAAGGCAGAGAACGACAGAAUGCUGAACGAGUCCCAUGACAGACUGCAGAAGCAGCUGACGGAGGUUCGCUCCAGUAACGCCAAACUGACUUCUCAACUGGAGUUCAGCAGCAAAAGGUACGACAUGCUCCAAGAGACCGUAACGGUGUUCCGUCGAGAGAUCGCGGCACUCCAGGACAGGAACCAAAAAAUGGCAGCAACGUCCCAGCGACACGAGCACAUUAUUCACACCAUGAGCCAAGACCUGCGGCAAGCCAAUGAAAAACUGGCACUGGAGGAGGUGCGUGUAGAGAAUCUGACCAAAGAAAGAGACAUGCUAAAACAAGCCGAGAGUCGCUUCAAUAGAGACAAAGAGUCCAUGCUGGCAGAACAACGGAACCAGAACCUCGUGCUCUCCAACCUCAAGACCAUACAGCUGACCAUGGAGCGUUCGGACACAGACGCACGCCAACGACUUAGCGGUAGGAUUGAGCAGCUGGAGUCUGAACUGGCCUCAAUGAAGACUCGGCUGGAGCAGGAAGUAGCCCAGAGACAUGCACUCGGACGCAACAUGGACGCUCAGUUGGUGGAAGCCAAGAAACAACUGGAGACCCAGAACACCUUGCAGCAGAAGACCAGGGACUUGUUGAAGAACUCUGAACAGCAAGUGUCUGCCUUGAAAGCACAGCUGGCCUCCACUUUGGCAACAGAGUCUGUGAGCACUCCUGUCACCAGAGCAGCAGCCCUCAGAACCCCAGUCAGAGUGCGCUCGCCAGUUCAAGGCCAACAGCAGCCUGGUCCGUCAGAGCAGGAGCUUUCAGAGGUCAAGAGUCAUCUCCGUGCGGCCGAGGACCAGAGCAACAAACUGUCAGAGCAGUUGAACAUUGCUAAUGCUAGUGUUGAGCAGUACAGGGCGGUCGUGCUGACUCUGGAAGACAGUCUGAAGAAAGAGAAAGAGCUACGCUCUCCUCUGGAGAUGAGGCUGAAGGAGUCUGAAGAGAUCCAGAAGCAACUGGAGAAGAGAAUAUUGGAGGCAGAGAAAAAGAGUGAACAAGAGCAAGAUGAUGGGAGAAAGGCCUUGGACACGGUGGAGAAACAAGUGAAUGAGUUGCAGCGCAGACUGAAGGCAUGUCAGGCAGAGCAGCAGGAGGCGCUGGAGAGAGCUGCUAAAGCUGUCACAGUGGAGCAGCAAGCCAUACAGGAGAGUCUGCUGCAGACUAAGCAAGCUGGUGAGGCUCAAGCUAAGUACGAGCGGGAACUGAUGCUCCAUGCCGCUGACGUGGAGGCCCUGAAGGAGUUGAAGAAAACCUCUCAACAAGAGGCAGCACAGAAGAGAGAUGUGGAGGAGCAACUGAAGAAGGCCAACACUCUCUUGCAAGAGAAGACGUCCACUUCAACCGCCUUGGACAAACAGCUGAAGGAUGAACUAUCCAGUCAGAGUCGUCGCUGUGAGGAGCUGGUCAAGCAGAACUCUCUCCUGCACCAACAGAUGGACGAGAUGGCCGCCAAGAGUCGCCAGCAGCAGCAGCAGCAGCCUCAGACGCUGGACGUGUCUUUCAGUGAAGAAGACACCACCCUGGAGCAGAUACGACAAAUACUCAGGUACGUGCGCAAGGAGAAGGAGAUCGCUGUGGCCCGAGGUGAGGCCUGUGAGGGAGAAGCUCUGCGCUACAAGCUGCGAGUGGAACAUCAAGACCGGGAACUGAAGGAGCUGCAGCAAGCGCUCAAUGACGAGAGAGAGAAGAUGCGGACCACAGCCAAGACUCUGGCUCAGCAUGAGGGACAGUUGAAGAACUUGGAGAACAUGAGUGCCCUCCAAGAAACCAACAAGAUGCUGAAGAUGGAGCGAGUGAAGCUAGAGCAGGAGUUGCAACAAGCACAGGCUAAAGUGAACAAGCUGGAGUCCAACAUCGGCCCACUGCAUGAGUCCAUGGCUCAGCUUUCCGACAGAAAUGGCUCCCUGCAGGCGGAUAAGAGGUUGCUGGAGGAAGAUCUUAAACACUGGAAAGCCAAAGUGCAGAAACUGAUUAGCCAGCAGAAAGACUGCGACGUGGAGGAGAAGCAAAAGCUCACCACUGAAAAGGAGGCCCAGCAGCGGCGCAUCAUCCAGCUUGUCGAAGAGACAACCAAACUGAAGACUGAGCUGGCAAGAUCCAGCACCAGCAGUAACUUGGCCCAGAGUCAGUUGAAAGGAGUGGUGACCCGUCUGACAGCAGAAAGAGACACUUUAAAGAAAGUCCUGGUGACCAAGAACAAUGAUAUUCUGGAGAAGAACAAAACCAUCACGCAGGUCAGGAAGAUAGGCCGGCGCUACAGGACUCAGUACGAGGAGCUGAUCGAGAAGCACAAGAAGCUGGUGGCGGACACAGCUGCUAAAGCGCAGAGUGAAUCUGCUCCCAGCCAGGAGGUGCAACAGGAGCUCACCAAAAGCCAGGAGGAGCACAACAAGGUCAAAGAGGAGCUGACUACUCUGAAGGAGGAGAUGCAGAAGAAAAUGGAGGAAAUCAAGAACUCCCAGCAAGAACUUCAAAACGCCCAGAAGGAAAACCAGCAGACCAAGGAAAAGAUGCAGGAGAUCCAAAACCAGCUGACACAGAACCAGAACCAGCUGACACAGGUUCAAAGCCAGUUGACCCAGGCACAGACCCAGGUGCUGCAGAGUCAGAAAGAGGUUCAACAAUCCAAGACCCAAAUACAGAACCAGAUGAAGUCAAAUCUGGCCCAGGCGCUGACCCGUCAGAACCAGAUUCAGUCGCUGCAGAAGGAGGUCCAGCAGGCCAAAGAGUCUCUCCAACAGAACCUGAAAAGUCAGAAGGAGCUGCAGGAAGGCCAGCAAACACGUCAGCAGGAGGUCAACAACCUCAAGACCUCUUUGAGCCAAGCAGAAAGUCAGGCCUCUGAGCUCCGAAAGCAGGUGGACACCCUGCAGAAGAUGACAAAGGAGCAUGAGGCAAAAAGCAAGCGCCUGGAGGAACAGCUGCAGGAAGAAAAGCAAGCCAAUGAAGUCCUCAGAGCUGCACAGGCUAACCAGAACCAGAGUGCCCAGUCGGCCCAGGCCGGGGACAAUAAUACUGCACCUGACGCUAGUCAGGCACUACAGGAGGAUCUUGCAAAACUCCGACAAGAGAUGUCUGACAGCAAGCUCAGAGAGGAGCAACUCAGACAGCAGAUUGCUGACAAAGAGGAGAAGACCAAGAAAGCCUUUGUUGGAGCCAAGGCCAAAAUCAGCCAGCUGAACUCUGCCAGAGAGAACUUGAGAAAGGAAGUGGAAGAAGUGAAACAGAGCAAAGAGGAGUUGGAGGUGAGGAUGAGUGCCCUGAAGUCUCAGUAUGAAGGCAGACUUCUUCGACUUGACAAGGAGAUGAGAGACCUGAGAGACAGUCAAACGCACAGCGACGCCCGAGACGAGAACCAGGACCAGAGUGGGUCUAAGGUGGGUGAUCCAAACAGGCCAAUGGAACAAAAACCGAUGUCUUUGAAGGGUCCUGCCCAGGACAGAAGCAGCUCCAGCCUCUCCGAGACCCCCACCGCCAAUAUCCGUCCCACUCCGAGUACUCCGUCUCCUAGCAACAAGCCCGCCCCGUCCCCUGGCAGCAAGUCAACCCCCCGGGCCAGCAUCCGACCCAUGGUUACCCCUGCAACUGUCCCCGUGCCAACACCCACCGCCACUGUCAUGCCCACCACGCAGGCCGACAGCCAAGAGGUGCUGAUGAGCGCAGGAGCGACCGUGCACGCCGUCAUCUCCGCUCCCAACACAGCAACAUCCUCAAGUCACCCGAGCAGCACUCAGACCACAGCCUUUGUGCAGCCCACCCAGCAGCAGACCACCACUCAGGACCUGGGAUCCAGUCUGGAGGCGGAGCGGCCGUCCACAUCCUCCUCUCUGAUGGCAGCUGCAGCAGGAUCCAAGCGCAGCAGAGAGGAUGAGGUGGAGGAUGACGAUGUCCGACCAGGCACUUCUCACACUUCCACCGCCAAAAAACUCAGACUGAGACCGACCAUAGCCCUGCAGAUGGAAGGAGAUGAAGAGAUAGAAGAAGAUGAUGAAGGUGAAAGACAAAGUUCUCCAGAUAAUAGUCAGGAGCUCCCAGAAGAUAUUUUCCCUGCCAUCCCUGAAGAGGAGGACAUGGAGGACGAAGGCAUGUCCCAGUCUGUGCCCUCAGACCAGACGUCCCCCCAGGAGUCCACUUUGACUCGGGAGGUCAUCGUCAUCGACACAGACAGCGAGAGCCGUGAGAGCAGAGGACAAGUGGAGCAUCCUGGUGAAGAUGAGGAGGAGGAGGAAGAGUACAAGGUGGAAGAGGAUGAAGAGGAGGAUUAUGGCAGCAACCUGGCCAUGAAGGAAGGAGAAGAGAGCAAUGAAGAUGAGGAGGAUGCUGAGGAGGAGGAGGGGGAGGAGCCACUGGUUCCUGCCAUUGCUGAGGAAAGUGACUCCCAGGCUGCCUCUGAAGCGUCACACAGCUGUGAAGCCAGCAGCCACACGGAGUCAGAAGCCCACAGAGAGCCUGCACACCUUCCCCCCACCUCCGCCCCUUCUGUGCCCUCACCCGCCGCUUUGCUCACUCUGCGACUCCCCCAGCCCAGAAGGCCUUCACACCCGCUGCCCCCCCGCCUCUACAUCCAGCCCCCUGAGCUGGGACCCCCCCACAUGCAGAGACAAUCCUCUCAGCUCAGACGGCCAUCAGUGGGCCGUGGACCACAACUGACACCUGGUAUUGGUAGUAUGCAACAUUUCUUUGACGAUGACGACAGGAUGGUUCCCAGUACUCCCACACUGGUGGUCCCACAUCGUACUGAUGGUUUUGCAGAAGCUAUUCAUUCUCCUCAGGUCGCAGGUCUCUCCACCAGGUUUAGGUUCGGACCGCCAGAGGAUCUGCUCCCCCAGGCAUCAGCGUCACACUCAGACCUGGGACAGUUAGCCUCUCAAGGAGGUCUGGGCAUGUAUGAGUCGCCAUUGUUUCUGGCCGCUCAUGAUGAGGAUGGAGGAGGAAGAAGUGUCCCCACCACACCUUUGCAGGUGGCUGCACCAGUGACAGUCUUCACAGAGUCUCUGCCAUCAGACAUUGUGGACAACAUGGCCUCCCAGUCUGUUCCCAUGGUAACGCCCUCUCCAGGGAUGCCCGCACCUGGGGACGAUGUCGACGAGGUGUUCAUGGAGCCGGACGGAGACGGGCCGACUGAGGCGUCUCUGGACGCUGACCUGGAGUCAGCAGGACAGCAGACUGAAGACGCAUUGCUUCCAUCCACCAGUCAGGACCCUGACAGCAGCAGUGUGACUCAGAGGCGUGCUGUGAUGCCCAGCAGGGGGUCCAGGGGAGGCAGAGUGUUGAUAAGUCGCAGAGGAACUUUUGGUCGAUCAAGAGGAGGAACUGGCAGAGGGAAUACUUCUUAGACACCUCAGUCCUGCUUUUCUUAUUCUUGCUCUGGAUUACUACUUUCUUGUUGAAAUAAAGAUGAAUGCUGAGAAAACCGUUA